AUGGCUCAGAGAGAAGGGGGCGCCAUCCCCGUGGUUGCGGAGGAGCCGCAAAGGGCCAGGCCAGGGCCAGAGGGUGAUUCCAAUGAGGACAAGGAGGCGGUCCUCCUCCAGAGUGUUUCUCAUGGAGGGGCUGCUUCUCCUUUGGCCUCAGGGUCAGCUGGCAUCAUUGAGAGUGUCCAGCUGGAGAAUUUCAUGUGCCAUGCCAAGCUCGGACCAGUGAAAUUUGGGUCCAAUGUCAACUUUGUGGUGGGACGCAGGGGCAAGAGUGCGUUGCUGACGGCUCUAGCCAUUGGUCUUGGUGGAGAAUCGCUAGGAUCAUCUUUGAGCGAGUUUGUGAAGGAUGGAGAGCUUUCAGCCAACAUCUCCAUCACCUUGCGCAACACAGGGGAAGAUGCUUUCAAAUCUGACCUGUAUGGGGAUUCGAUUACCGUACAGCAAUGCAUCAGUGUGAACGGUACUACAAGUUACAAACUAAAGGACCAAGCAGGAAACCUGGUUUGUUCGCAGAAAGCAGAGCUUAUGGCCAUUCUCGAUCAUUUUAAAAUACAGGUGGAUAACCCAGCGUCUAUUUUACCACAAGAAAUGGGCAGGCAGUUGUUGCGGACCCAACAUGAUAGUGACAGAUACAAAUUCUUUCUCAAAGUGACUGGACUUCAACAGAGGCGAGAAGAGUACUCAGAAGCUUUGGAGAGAAAAGCCAGAAGCCAGCUUGAGAUAGACCAAAAAAAAGAAGAGCUUGAGAAUCUCAAAUGUCAGGGCAUAGCUGUAGAGGAGCAUGUUCAGAAGAUGGUUGCCUUGAGGGAGAAAUUAGAAGACUUAAAACAUGAAAUGGCUUGGGCACUGGUGACUGAAACUGAAAGAGAAGUUGAUGGUAUGGUUCAUAAUAUAAACCUUGGAGACCAUCACACUACGUUAUUAAAUCAGAAACUAGAGGCCUCAAAGGCUAAACUAAAUGCAUCAGAAAAGAAGUAUACAACCAUUCUUGAGAACCUGCAAAUGUUAAAUAAAGAAGCCGCUGAAUUAGAGCCCAAAUGCAUUGAGGCAAAAGAAGAUGCCAAGAGAACAGACAAGGCCUAUUAUCAAGCGGAGGCUUUCCAUACUGCUUCUCAAAACGAACUGAAUCAAUUAGAUAAAUUUGCAGAACAUUUUUAUAACAAAAUGGAAGUCCUGAAAAAGAGUCUAGAGCUAGCAGAGUUGGAAAAACAGGAAAACAUUUCCACGUUGAAGGAAACAUUAAAGAAUUUUAAGGACCAACAAGAUUCACUUGUUCAAGACAUAAAACAUCUCCAUCAAGCUAUAGAAAAAGAUGGUGAAGAAUGUUCUGAAAUUAGAAAAGAAGAGUCUUAUGUGCAACAGAUACUGCAUGAAGAACAACAACAGCUAAACCAAUGGAAAGAGUGUAAAACCGAGCCACUGAAGCGAUUUGGAUCCCAGAUUCCCACCCUUCUUGAAGCAGUAGAUGAUGCCCAUAGACGAGGGCACUUUAUUUUUAAACCGAUAGGCCCACUAGGCGCUUGUAUUCGUUUCCAAGACCCUGAAUUUGCUUUGGCCAUUGAGUCCUGCUUAAAUGGCCUUCUUCUUGCCUUUUUUUGUGACAACCACAAAGAUGAGCAAAUCCUUCAAGAGCUGAUGAAAAGGUUUUAUCCGUUAGGCUCUCCACAACCACAGAUAAUUGUGUCAGCCUUUGAGUGUCAGUUAUAUGAUGUCACAGACAGAAUGGCCUAUCACCCAGAAUUUCCAACGGUUCUCACAGCUUUAGAAAUAGACCAUCCAGUGGUGGUCAAUACUCUGAUUGACAUGAGGGGCAUAGAGUCAGUGCUGCUUGUUAAAAGUAACCCUUUGGCCCGCAGAGUGAUGCAAGCUCAGGAACCCCCCAAGAACUGUAGCAAAGUUUUAACUGCCUGUGGUGAUGAAGUAUUUGAGAACCGCUAUUACUCAUGUGAAGAAUCACGACCUACUUACUUGGGUGAUCUGGAAAUAGAAAUAGGCAAUUUGGAGAAAGAAAUAGAAAAUAAAACUGCACAGCUGUUAACAUUUCAGCAACAUGAGUCUUCACUUGAAAAGGCUGUCAGGAAGAAUCAAGAAACUAUUAAUAGUCAUUAUCAGGAUUUAAAAGAAAUAAAGACCAGAAUAAUAAAUAUCACUUCAGAAAUAAAAGACCUUGAGGAUGAAGAUAAAAGUCAGUCAAUAGGUCUCUCAGUUCUCCAAGAGGAGGUCCAAGCUAUUAAAGAAGAGAUGAAGGAUAUUGAGGAAGGGAUGAAGGCUCAAAAAGAAGAAAUGGAGAAUUUAAAGCAAUUGAAAAUAGAUGCUGAAGGGAGACAUGAAGAGCUUAAGUUGAGAUGUAAUGAGGUUUUAGAAUUCAUAGAAUCCUUUAUGGAAGAACAAAACCAGGCUGCGUUAGAAGUGAACGUCCAACACCAGUCUGUGCUGUAUUAUGAAAAUAAGCUCAAGCAACACUUGAAUUCUCUCCAAGUGGAAAAGGAAGAGCUGGCCAUGAAAGAAAGAGUACUUGAGAGAGAGACUGCUCUGGCCAAAAGCACCUGCGCUGAGCGUAAAGAAGUUACUACAACUGCCUCUGCUCUUGAUGAAAAAAUUACUGUGUUAAGAAAGACUAUACAAUCAGAAAACUACAUUUAUGGAAGCCAAGAUGAAACAAGAAGGUAUUACCAAGAAAUAAAAGAAAGUUGUCUUGAUCUAGCUGAUAAAGUGAAGAGUCUGAAAAAGUUUAUUGAAGCACUGGACGUAGUAACAAACCAGAGCUAUUCAAUAUACCAGAAUCACAGAAAGAGUCUUUCUUUACGAUGCAAAUUGUACUUCCACAGCUUACUAUCUCAGUGGUCCUUCUCUGGGGAGAUGCACUUGGAUCAUGAGAAUGAGACCCUUUCUAUAACAGUCCAGCCUGGAGAAGGGAACACUACUGCUUUCAGUGACACGCAAGCUUUCUCAGGAGGUAGACAUUCUUUUUCCAACUUUUUACUCAUUUUGACUUUAUGGUCCGUCACAGAAUCACCUUUCAGAUGUCUAGAUGCAUUGGAUGGCUACAUGGACGUGAACCAUCGAAAAACUGCCAUGGACAUGAUCCUCAGCAUAGCACAUUUGCAGCAACACUGCCAGUUCAUCCUGCUCACUCCACAGUACAUGAGCUCUCUUCCUCCAAGUUCAUUAAUUGAAAUACUCAAAAUGCCAGACCCUGAUGAAACAAUCCUGCCUUUUCAAGCAGUCGAUUCAGAAGAAGGAGGAGGAGGAGAAGAAGAAGAAGAUGCAGAUGAUGAAGAUGGAGUAGAGGAAGACAGAGAAGAGGAAGAAGAAGAAGGAGAAAAAUGGUCUGAUGUUCUCCCUUUGGCUUUGUCUGCAGACCAAGGGGAGAAUGAUAGCGAUGAAUUGAUGAACAGAUGA